AUGGCAGAGGAGGCGGCCGUGGCGGGUCUGUGCGGGAGCGAGAGCGUGAGCGCUCCGCAGCAGCAACUGGUGUCAUUUGAAGACGUCGCUGUGGACUUCACCUGGCAAGAGUGGCAGCACCUGGAUGUUGUUCAGCAGAACCUCUACAGAGAUGUGAUGCUGGAGAACUACAGCAGCCUGAUGUUCUUGGGUGAGCUAAACUCCCAAUUGAAAACUCAGCACAAAAUGCAGUGGCCAGAGACGGAUGAUUUUAAACAAUUCCAAAACACCAUUUACCAGAAGUUACAUCAGACAUGUUAUCAAGGAACAAACACAGGUGACAAGCUGCUUCAAUGUAGGACAACUUUUAUCUCCAAGUCACACGUCACUAAUCAUCAGAGAACUCAAACAGGUAACAAACCUUAUGACUGUAAUGUAUGUGGAAAAGCUUACCUGACCCAGUCACAUCUCACUAUGCAUUAUGAAACUCAUACAAGUUAUAAGCCAUACAAAUGUAGCAAAUGUGGGAAAGCAUUCAUGUCCCAGUCACAUCUCAAUAAGCCAUAUGAAUGUACUGCAUGUGGGAAAGCCUCCGUUUUAAACUCAGAUCCUAAUAAGCUUCAGAGAAUUCACACAGGUGAGAACCCUUAUGAAUGUAAUGAAUGUGGAAAAGCUUACAUCACCCACUCACCUCUCACUGUGCAUCAUCAAGAACACACAGGUGAAAAGUCAUAUGGAUGCAUUGAAUAUGGGAAAGCUUUCAUCUCCACGUCACAGCUCACAAGUCAUCAGAUAACUCACAUAGGUGAGAAGCCAUAUGAAUGUAUUGAAUGUGGAAAGGGUUUUAUCUGCAAGUCCCAUGUCACUAAUCAUCAUAGAACUCACACAGGUAAGAAACCAUAUAAAUGUAUUGAAUGUGGAAAAUGCUUCAUCUGUAAUUCAGAUCUUAUUAGGCAUCAGAGAAGUCACACAGGCGAGAAGCCAUAUAAAUGUACUGAAUGUAGGAAAGCCUUCAUCACCAAUUCACGGCUCACUAUUCAUCAGAGAACCGACAAAGGAGGUAAACAAUAUAAAUGUAUUCAAUGUGGAAAAGGAUUCAUGCACAAGGCAGAUCUGACAAGACAUCAGAGAAGUCACACAGGUGAGAAGCUAUACAAAUGUACUGAAUGUGGGAAAGCCUUCAUCUGCAAGUCAUAUCUUAUUAUGCACCAGAGAAGUCACACUGGUGAGAAGCCAUAUGAAUGUACUGAAUGUGGGAAAGCCUUCAUCUGCAAGUCCCAUCUUAGUAGGCAUCAGAGACGUCACAUAGGUGAAAAGCCACAUGAAUGUACUGAGUGUCAGAAAGCUUACCUCUUCAGGUCAGACCUAAUGAUUCAUUGGAGAAUUCAUACAGGUGAGAAGCCAUAUGAAUGUACUGAAUGUGGGAAAGCCUUCAUCACCAAUUCGCAGCUCACUAUUCAUCAGAGAACCCACGCAGGUGAUAAACCAUAUAAAUGUAUUCAAUGUGGAAAAGGCUUCAUCCGCAAGACAGAUCUCACAUAUCAUCAGAGAAGGCACACAGGUGAGAAGCCAUAUGUAUGUACUGAAUGUGGAAAAGCUUUUUUCUUCAAGUCACAUCUUACUAGGCAUCAGAGAAGUCACACAGGUGAGAAGCCAUAUGAAUGUACUAAAUGUGGAAAAGCCUUCAUCCGCAAGUCACAUCUUAUUAGGCAUCAGAGAAGUCACAGAGAUAAGAAGUCAUAUAAAUGUACUGAAUGUGGGAAAGCUUUCAUCUGCAAGUCACAUCUUAUUAGGCAUCAAAGAACUCACACAGGUGAAAAGCCAUGUGAAUGA